CGCUGUCACACGGGAAUAUCGCACGUGUCAGAGCUGCAGCAAGAACAUGAGCACCGAGCUCGCGCUGACAGAGCAUGAAUAAACGUGUACAGUGACACUUUCUGAAGCCGGUAACACGCUCACGCGGCAGGGAUCAUCUCGGCAGAGUUGCGCGGAGUAGAACUACGGUUGGACGGUUAAGUGGCCGAGAGGGAGAGCAACUCACACGGCGAGGGGAAAGAAAGUUCUCGGUGUCUGUUCCCGGGCCUGUGUGUGUCCUGUGUGUUUUAGUAUCCACUCGUUGUCUCCACAGCACGUUAAGUUGGUUUAUUAUUAGUUCAGACUGAACAGAGGACCGGUGGGGGUUAUCUGGACGUCAUGGCGGACUACCUGAUCAGCGGGCAGACCGGUUACGUCCCCGACGACGGGCUGACGGGACAGCAGCUCUUCAACGGCGGAGACGGGCUCACAUACAACGACUUUCUGAUUCUGCCGGGUUACAUCGACUUUACAGCAGAUCAAGUGGACCUGACAUCAGCACUCACCAAACAAAUCACCAUGAAGACCCCUCUCGUCUCCUCCCCCAUGGACACCGUCACCGAGGCCAACAUGGCCAUCGCUAUGGCACUAACGGGUGGCAUCGGCUUCAUCCACCACAACUGCACUCCAGAGUUCCAGGCCAAUGAAGUUCGCAAAGUCAAGCGUUACGAGCAGGGCUUCAUCACAGACCCUGUGGUGAUGAGCCCCAACGAACGCGUACGGGACGUCUUCCAGGCCAAGGCUCGCCACGGCUUUUGCGGCAUCCCCAUCACAGACAACGGCAAAAUGGGUGGCAAGCUGGUGGGCAUCAUUUCUUCCAGAGACAUCGACUUCCUGAAAGAGGAGGACCAUGACCUGCCACUCAGCGAGGUGAUGACAAAGCGAGAGGAUCUAGUGGUUGCCCCCGCUGGAGUGACACUGAAAGAAGCCAAUGAAAUCCUCCAGAGGAGUAAGAAAGGUAAACUACCCAUAGUGAACGAAGAGGGAUCGCUUGUUUCCAUCAUUGCCCGCACAGACCUGAAAAAGAACAGAGAUUUCCCUCUGGCCUCCAAAGAUUCUCGCAAACAGCUGCUGUGUGGCGCUGCCAUCGGCACCCACAACGAUGACAAGUACCGGCUGGAUCUGUUGGUGCAGAGCGGGGUGGAUGUGGUCGUAUUGGACUCGUCUCAGGGCAACUCAAUCUUCCAGAUCAACAUGAUCAAAUAUAUCAAAGAAAAGUACCCACACCUACAGGUCAUCGGAGGCAAUGUGGUGACUGCAGCUCAGGCUAAGAACCUCAUCGAUGCAGGGGUGGAUGCACUGAGAGUGGGGAUGGGCAGCGGCUCCAUCUGCAUCACACAGGAAGCUCCCCCCAGUGUUCCACCAGCAAUAAAGCUCCACAGCCCCAAAAUCCCAACCACUGUUACAGGAUACUGCAUGUUGGCGUGUGGCAGACCCCAGGCCACAGCUGUCUACAAGGUAUCAGAGUACGCCCGGCGCUUCGGUGUGCCCGUCAUCGCUGAUGGCGGCAUCCAGACUGUGGGGCACAUCGCCAAAGCCCUGGCACUGGGAGCAUCCACAGUGAUGAUGGGUUCUCUGCUGGCUGCCACCAGUGAAGCUCCUGGUGAAUAUUUCUUCUCCGAUGGCAUCAGGCUGAAGAAGUACCGCGGCAUGGGCUCCUUGGAUGCCAUGGACAAAAACCUGGGCUCCCAGACCAGAUACUUCAGUGAGAGCGAUAAGAUUAAAGUUGCUCAGGGUGUUUCUGGAGCAGUGCAGGACAAAGGCUCCAUCCAUAAGUUUGUUCCUUACCUGCUGGCUGGCAUUCAGCACUCCUGUCAGGACAUUGGUUCCAAGAGCCUCACACAACUCAGAGCCAUGAUGUACUCUGGAGAUCUGAAAUUUGAAAAAAGAACGACGUCAGCUCAGAUGGAGGGUGGAGUCCACAGCCUGCACAGUUAUGAGAAACGUCUGUUUUGAGAGGAAGCCGGCUGUUCAGCCUGCAGAUGAGGAAUCCUUCCAACAAACACUUUAUGCAAACACACACACACUCAAACACACUACUUGCCAGAUCCUCUUGUAUUCAUACACACAACUAACUUCUCUUACAAAUUAGCCUCUAAAGAUCUCACACACACACACUCCACUCUUCCAAGGAUCCAUCAGUCUUCCUGCCAGUGUCAUCUAUGCAUUGUCUGUGUGUAGUGUAGCUGUUUGUGUGUGAAGGAGGGGAACUUAGCAUUUAUCAGUUGGUGCACGUGUGAUUGACUCCUCCGAUGCCUUUCAUGUUGUAUUAAUAUAAAAUGUCUCUAGUACACUGGUGUGUUCAUUUCAAGGCAAAAGUUGUCCAGUAAUAAAGCUCAUGUGUUUUUCCACAA